CGGUCUGCGGCUAGCUUUGGUCUGAGCUAGGUUUGCGAGUCUCGGAAUUCCCUGCGAUGGCCACUACUUGCUUAACACCAUGUCCCUGUUCAUCAUCUUCUCUGGCCUCCAAAACCAUCUCAAGAACCAGAGUAAUCCAACCCUUCUUGUCUUCUUCUAUUCGCUUUCGCUACCCAAAGCUUUCGUGCUCCCUUGUCCCCCUGUUUAUCCCCAUUUCUCACUUCUCUCAACCAUUUGCUUCUUCUUCUUAUCUCUUCUGCCACACCACCCACAAGACUAGCCUCAUCACUGUCUCAGCCCUAGUAGAAGAGGAACCACUCGCUGAGACUCUACCGGAAGACGAAGAAGCGAACGCCGACGAUUUGGCACCCAAGAACCUAAUUAGACCAUGUGAGCUCUAUGUUUGUAAUCUUCCUAGAAGUUGCGACAUUUCAGAGCUUCUUCAUAUCUUCAAACCUUAUGGAACUGUUCAGUCAGUAGAGGUUUCCAGGAAUGCGGAAACGGGCAUAAGUAGAGGAUGUGGUUAUGUCACAAUGAGCUCAAUGGAUGAAGCAAAAACUGCAAUAUCUGCUUUGGAUGGCUCUGAUGUAGGUGGACGUGAAAUGAGGGUUAGGUUUUCGGUUGAUGUGAAUAGUACUACGAGGAAGCUUGAGGCAUUGAAUUCAACACCCAAGAAGAAUUUGAUAUUUGAAAGUCCUUAUAAAAUUUAUGUUGGCAAUCUUGCCUGGUCUGUCAAACCUGAGGAUUUGAGAAAUCAUUUUAGCCAAUUUGGAACAGUUGUUAGUGCAAGGGUGUUGUAUGACCGUAAAGGGGGAAAGAGCCGCGUUUACGGCUUUCUUUCCUUUUCCUCGGAUGCUGAAUCUGAGGCUGCAAUGUCUUUGAAUGGAACAGACUUUCAUGGCAGGACACUACUAGUCAGAGAAAUUUUUAACAGGACUGAGUCUUGACUCAAGUUUCACAUGCUUUUGAUGUUCAUCAUAAACAAUGCUCUUAUAAAUAUUAGAAGAGUCUGAGCAUAGGAUGAGGAAAAG